UUCAUGGCGAUGUCAUCAAUUUGCGCCUAAAUCUGAUGGAAGGAACGCAGCUGUUAAAAUGUGUACUGUACACGUGGGGAGCCAACAGUUACGGGCAGCUCGGACAGGGACACAGUGAAGAUCAAGCCGAGCCGCGGCGAGCAGACGGCGGCCUGCAGGCGGAGCAGACCCGCUGUAUGGCCGGAGGAGGCGGACAUUCCGCUGUCAUCACGGAAUCAGGUGAGCUGCUGAUGUGUGGACAGAACCACAAAGGUCAAUUAGGGCUCAGUCACACGUCAGAGGUCAUAACCUUUCAGCCCUGCCCUUUGACUGGGUGCUCAAGAGUUCAGCAGGUGUCCUGUGGUUGGGACUUCUCCGUUAUUCUGACUGGUGACGGUCAGGUCUUGGUGUGCGGCUCCAAUGCAUUUGGACAGCUGGGCGUCUCGCCAGGAAUAACACACUCAGCAGAACCUUUACACGUGAAGACCCUGAAUGAGCCGGUAACUAGUGUGGCUGCAGGGCUCAGACACGCAUUAGCAAGUACAGGUAUUACAUAUAAAUAUGUAAAAUAAAUAUCAAAUAUAUAACCACUUGUGCUGACUUUCUCAUCUGCAGGGUUUGAUCACGUGACCCCACAGAAGGUAGUUGCAGGCUCCACCCACUGCAUUUGUUUGACAGUCAAAGGUGACGUGUUCCUCUGGGGAAGCAAUAAACAUGGUCAGCUGGUCAGCGAGAGCCUCUUCUUGCCACUUCCUGUGGCUCUGGAUCGAUCUCUGCUGCAGGGCGAGAGAGUGACUGACGUUCACAGCGGCUGGACGCAUCUUGUCGCAAAAACUGAGAGUGGGCGGGUCUUUACAUGGGGCAGAGCAAAUUACGGACAGCUAGGACAGACCAGUCAGAGUACAGAAAAAGAGUAUGAUGUUUCAACAAGCUCUGGCCAAAGUAUAAGCCACCCCAUUGAGGUUAAAGCUUUAUUUGGAGCAACACAGAUUGCAUGUGGAUCUGAACACAACCUGGCUGUUGUGGGGGGUCGGAUUGUCUCCUGGGGCUGGAAUGAACACGGAAUGUGUGGAGAUGGUUCCCUCUGUGACGUCACACAACCGCGGCCAAUCCCCCGUUUCAGAGACGCUACGGCUCUUCUGAUUGGCUGUGGAUCAGGACAUUCAAUGGCACUAUGCAGUUUGAAGAGCAACGAGGAUUCCGCAAGCUGAACAGGUUUGAGCGUUUGGCUCUCAGACUGUGACAAAGACUGUUUGCUUACGUUACGGUUUUAAUUAUUCUGAAAGACUCAUUUAAGCCUUUAAAGGACAGAUUUUAGAUCAAAGUCUUAGAGAUGCAAAUACUACCCACGGAUGCACACAUUAUGCUUAUGACAUGAGGAAGCGGCCAAAAUAAACGUUUUUAGAAACAAGAACACUAGGUCUAUUUGCAGCUUCAUGCAAAUUUUCAUAACUUAAAUGAGAUUUAUUUUACAGGCAUAUUCUAAAUGUUAAUAUAGUAAAUGUUAACGUUUAGUUGAUAUAUUGGUCAGUAAGGAAUAGCAGAAAUAAAAAUUCUCACUCUCAUGUUGUUAUAAACCUGUAUAGCUUUUUUUCUCCCAGUUAAUUCAGUGAUGAAUUUGGGCUUGUACAUACUGUACUAGUGUCUUUGCAACAAUUCAAAAAGACUGGAAUUCAAUGAGAACAGACAAAUUCAAUCAGACACUCACUCUCUGAAUGGGUUUAACAAUUCACUGCUGAAAUAGCCAUUCACGCUUUCUUUGCUGUGAUGGACGGUCAACGAUUAUUUCCUCUGACCUUUUACCUCACAGUGACAGAGAAUACCCUUAAAUAACCUUCACUGUGGAGCCAUUAACUGAAACAGAUUUACUGCUUUGAAAUGACCUGUCUGAAAGCACUCAAUCUCCCAGAAUGCCCUGUGGUGUGGGGCAGUCAUUUGAUCCCAGAGUGAUAAUUUACUAAAGACUGGGCGGGGGGACGUUUAAAAAGUGAUUUUUCAAUAUUAUUGACAACAGGAUCUGUAUUUUCAUGGGUUCGAAUAAAAUAUUUUGUUGCAAGAGACAAUAAAAACAAAAUUGUGCGUCAAAACCACUCAAAAAAAAGAUCUUGAUUUUCAAAAGUCAACAAAUUUGCGACAGCUGAAUGUAAUAUUUUGUCUGUCAAAAAUAACAUGCACAAUACAAUUUAUUUAUGAGAAGCCUGCUACCGGAUUUUUCACUACAUCUUCACUCUCAGAGAAGAAGAACAUGGCAGCCUAAGUAGCUUCAACAUGAUGUCUGUCAGAAACGUAACAUACCUAAUACUUAACGCAUAAGAGAAUAAAUUUGUUCUUCACUCGCUGAGAUUGACAGGUGUUUUUUUAUAAAAU